AUGCGUAUAUGCGUGCAAAAUGAAUGCUGUCUCAGAAUUUUGUCCUUUUUGAAUGUUCUCAAGACAUCGCCCCUUCAAAAAAUAGAGCUAGAAAACAUUCUAUGCGAGAUAAAUAGGCUAAUAACCAUAGUUACCGCAAAGCAGGACAUCCCAUCAGUAGAGAUAGAAAAAGUCAGUGAACAGAAGUUUGUAAUUAAAAAUACCCACAUAGAGAAGGAGGAAGCAGGCGUGAAAAUAGAAAAAACAGAUAUUCUGGAGCUGAAGGCAUACUUUGAAGCACAUCCAAUAGACACGCUGGAGGAGGCCGCGGAGUAUAUAAAGGUGCUCUACGAGAACAGAAUAUGUAUUGUCUGUCUUAGAAGGGCGUGUGCAAUAACACUUACGGCCCCCUUGGUUGUUAGAAGAGUCAAUGGCUCAGUGUUUGUGUAUCACACAGAAUGCGUAGAAGAAGGUAAAAGGAGAAGACUAUACCCGAGUGAAUAG